AUGUUAUUAUUAGGUCUGAACAGUACCACAUUAAGCGCAAUUUCGAAAUUGAUAUUGACGUCUGAUGUUACGGACGAUGUGAUUGCCGUCAUACGGCAUGUAGUCGAACAAUUGAAUAAUAGACUUCUAUCUGAAAAUGAACAGUCAGUUGAGAUGCCAGUCAACGUAAAACUAUGGCACACUCCUGGGUGUCACGAGCUUUUAGCAUCUCUAGGUUUCGACUUAAUUGAAGUUGGAAUAGACGAAGUAACACUGCGCACUGGCAAACAAGCCAAUAAACGCAGUAUUCAAUUUGUUCUUCAAGCUCUGUUAGCCUUAUUUGACACCCAAGAAGCCCCUAAAAGCCUUUCCUUGUGUUCAUCAAGUUCACUCGAAAGUGUAGUGACUGUUGAAGACGAUAGGCAAAARGAUUCUCCGUUAAAACCUAGUUCAACCAACGCACUGCGAGUGUCUGGAAGUAAUGGAUCCGGAGCAUUUACCAGUUAUGUUAGGAAAAGAGGAGAACCAGAUGGUAGAACUGCUUCAGAUGCGUCCACUCAAAUCACUAAGAACUCUACUGGAGUGCUAGUUAUGCCUACGAUAUUGAGUCGCAGAUCCGGUGGUACUAAUGGCGGCGGAGAAAGUGACGCUGCAUUUACACCAUCACCACCAGUUCCUGGAUUAGGGGAUGCAUUAAGCAAAACUCUAGCACACCAAACUAAAAUCAGAAAUCUAUAUUCUACUCCCGUCAGACCAGAUUCGUCGAGUUCGGCUAGCUCSGCCACGGAUUGGGAAGGUCUGAACAGUACCACAUUAAGCGCAAUUUCGAAAUUGAUAUUGACGUCUGAUGUUACGGACGAUGUGAUUGCCGUCAUACGGCAUGUAGUCGAACAAUUGAAUAAUAGACUUCUAUCUGAAAAUGAACAGUCAGUUGAGAUGCCAGUCAACGUAAAACUAUGGCACACUCCUGGGUGUCACGAGCUUUUAGCAUCUCUAGGUUUCGACUUAAUUGAAGUUGGAAUAGACGAAGUAACACUGCGCACUGGCAAACAAGCCAAUAAACGCAGUAUUCAAUUUGUUCUUCAAGCUCUGUUAGCCUUAUUUGACACCCAAGAAGCCCCUAAAAGCCUUUCCUUGUGUUCAUCAAGUUCACUCGAAAGUGUAGUGACUGUUGAAGACGAUAGGCAAAARGAUUCUCCGUUAAAACCUAGUUCAACCAACGCACUGCGAGUGUCUGGAAGUAAUGGAUCCGGAGCAUUUACCAGUUAUGUUAGGAAAAGAGGAGAACCAGAUGGUAGAACUGCUUCAGAUGCGUCCACUCAAAUCACUAAGAACUCUACUGGAGUGCUAGUUAUGCCUACGAUAUUGAGUCGCAGAUCCGGUGGUACUAAUGGCGGCGGAGAAAGUGACGCUGCAUUUACACCAUCACCACCAGUUCCUGGAUUAGGGGAUGCAUUAAGCAAAACUCUAGCACACCAAACUAAAAUCAGAAAUCUAUAUUCUACUCCCGUCAGACCAGAUUCGUCGAGUUCGGCUA